CGUUUGGGUUGGUAGGUGAACUCGGACGGCUUAUAAAAGUGUGCCCAGAACAACACAUUUUUUAGGGGACUUUCCAAGCAGAGAGCCUCUUGCAAACAUUUACAGAAUAUUUGUACUUCAUUAAUCAUUUAGAACCAUAGUGUUAAGAAAAGCAAGAAGAAAUUCCAAUUACAGAUUUACCCAUGGAUCCAUCUUCUAAACCUUUUGUGUUAAUUCAUAUUAUUCUGUUAUCAUUGUUAUUAUUAUUAGCCUCCAGUGGCCGCCCGGUAUUCGGGCAGGAGUACCGGGCGAUCAUCAGUUUCGGGGACUCGCUGGCCGACACCGGAAAUUUGAUCUGUCUUUCAGAGGGCAACGGGUUCGUCGCCUCCGCCGUCCUUCCCUACGGGGAGACAUACUUCCACCACCCCACCGGCCGCUUCUCCGACGGCCGCCUCGUCGUCGACUUCAUAGCGCAGAGCAUGGGGUUCCAGCUCCUGCCGCCGUACGCUGGGGGAAAGAGCCGAAGCGGCGGCGUGAACUUCGCGGUGGCCGGAGCCACCGCGCUGGACAUAUCGUAUUUUAGGGAGAGGGGGGUGAUCAACCCCAGCACGAAUGUUUCCAUUGGAACUCAGUUGGAAUGGUUCAAGCAAUUGCUUCCUUCUCUAUGCAACUCUCCUUCAAGUUGCAAGGAAUACCUUCAAAAUGCCCUCAUUCUAAUGGGAGAAAUAGGGGGAAAUGACUACAAUCACCCCUUCUUUCAAGGCCAUCCCAAGGAAGAGGUCGCAUCAUACGUUCCUCAUGUUGUUGACGCCAUCGGCUUAGCCAUUAAUGAAUUGAUUGAACUUGGUGCUCAAACCUUGAUCGUACCCGGGAAUCUGCCCAUUGGAUGCUCAUCUGCAUACCUCACUCUUUACUCAAGUCCCAAUAAGAACGAUUACGACCCCAAAACAGGUUGCCUCAACUGGCUAAACGACUUCGCUGAGUUCCAUAACCGGCUCCUUCAGGAUGAACUCGACCGCCUCCGCCAGCUCCAUCCCCACGUCAAUAUUAUAUACGCCGAUUAUUUCAACGCAGCAAUGAGGAUUUACCGUUCCCCCGCUAAAUACGGGUUUACAAGUGCCACGAGUGCAUGUUGUGGAGGAGAAGGGCCAUAUCACUAUGACUCCUCAGUCCAUUGUGGCGGGAAAGGGUCAACGGUUUGUGAUGACCCUUCAAGUUAUGUUAGCUGGGACGGGGUGCAUUUGACUGAAGCCGCAUACAAUGUGAUAGCCUCUGGUUUGUUGCAUGGCCCAUACACUGUCCCCAGCAUCACUCAAUUUUUUUCACUUAAGAGCUCAACUAAUAAUAUGCAUGGGGAAAUUUGACCAUCGUCAAUGCCUUUAAUUAUGUGUAUGUUGCAUUAUUAAUAGAGUUGAUUAGUUUCACCAUAUGUAUAAUUAUUACUAUUAUUAUUAUUAUUAUUAUUUGUGUAAUACUCCCUCCAUCCCAAAAAAUCUUUCCUGUUUCAUUUUUUGCGCAUCCCAUAAAACACUUAUAUCUCGCCUUGAAUGCCAAAAAAACUUUUAAAAUAACUUCUACCCACAAUAAAAAAGAAAUGUUGUAAAUUUUA